AUGGCAGAUUUAACUGGAAGCGAUGACUACAAUCUCCAGGAGGCGUGGGACACGGUGUGUCGGUCCUUCGCCAAAACAACCAUGGUGGAUCUCACUACAAAACCGAAGUACAGCAUCGAUCAAGUGCUCGAACAAAUACGGCAAAAGCAAGAUGACAGCGAGCAGCGAAACAUUAAAUACAAAGUCGCAAAGGAUGUCAUCAGCAAGACUUUGAACUUCAUCAAGGUUCUCGGUGGGAUUGCCGCCCAAGGAGCAAGUAUGGACGGCCUGUGGAUGCGGCGUUACUGGCUAUACGAGGACGAAUGCGUUGAUUUGGUGUUGAAGUGGCUACAGGACUCCGCUGUCACUAAGAAGCUUCCGGAAAAGGACAUGGCAUGGGUUAAGAGCCUGAGUUCGAAGUCGAAGCCUGAUGCAGAUCUCCUGGAGCAUAUCGCCAAGUUCAUGGCGCAUAAAUGGCUGCAGACGAGCGAUUGGAAUGUCGCGGAGUUGUUUUAUUGGGUAGAUGCAUAUUCGAACAAGAUUGCAAAUCGCAAAGACCCCAACGUGAAGCAAGAGACCGAAGAUCAGACCGAAGAACAGAGAGGAAAGAAGAUUACGGCGUCUCGGAUCCAUGAGGUAGCCGAGUGGGGUCGACAAAGCCUGGGACUGGACAGUCUUGGUUAUGAGGAAACACAUAACGUCGCCAGAACGUUGAGAGAGUUUCGGAAGUUGGAUGAAGCAGUCGAAACAUUCCAGCGGGCAUCGUCGCUUCAAGAAGAGACCUGGCUCGCCACAUGGGGUCUCGCGCUGGUUUACAAUCUCCACGGAAAAUAUGCGCUGGCAGUGGAGACUUUAGAAGCGGUUAAAGCGUCUAUCGAAAGUGGAAAGACGAAGGACCCUACCGCUGUGAACUCUUUGCAUAAAAUCAGUCGAGAUUUGGCGUGGUGGAACAAAGAAGCCGGCAAUCUCGAGAAAGCCUGGGACAUUUAUGAGUCCAUUUUGCAGAAACAUCCAGAUGAUUAUGAGUCAGCCUUUGAUAUGACCUCAAUUCUAUAUGACAAAGGAAGCUAUGCACAGCUGGUUGAAUUCCUCGAAGGCUUGAAAAGGUCGAAAGACGAGGUUACCGGUCUCGAUCGGCGCACGCGAAUCUUCCACGAGUAUUACUGGAGUGACGAUUAUCAUGGUACCAUCGCGGCGGCCGGAAGAAGCCUGGACGGCAUCAGCAUCACGACUCUAAAGGAUAGCUAUCGCACUGCUAUCGACGCGGCAGAAAAAAAGAUACAACUUGCCACGGACCAGCUAGACCGAGAGGAAGAAAAGUACGCUAGAGAAAUCAUGGCCAUGCUGAUGCACUACUGUGCCAAGUUCUUCUACAACAACUACACAUGCGCCGAGGAAAAGGAGAUGGCGUUGUCCAUGUGGGUACGGAUCAUCCAGUUAGACGAAACCGAAAUGAGCUGGUACCUAGGGCGUGCCAAGUUGUACGCCACUCGGGAUCUCUCCAACCUCUAUUUCGAAAAAGCUCUCCAGGCGGGACCAGGCACCGAACCGGCAGCCAAAUACAUCGACGAUCUAGAGCAUCUUGCCACUUUGAAAUCGGACGGAAAUCUGACGGACCAGCCGAAGGAGAAAUACCCGCAGCAGUUACUGGCUCGGUACUACGGGCUUUGUGGGAAGACGGAGAAAGCAAAGAACGUGAUCAGGGCCUUUGUCAAAACCAAUCUAGAUCUUUUGUCGGAUGACGAUCCCAGCAACGAUUGGCAGGGGUUCAAAGGCCUAGCAGCGCACUUCAUGUUUGCUGGACUGACGAUAACGCUCUGGCCGCAUGGUCACUCAUCAUACCCAAUCAAGAAGAUGAGGAUACGGAUGCUAGCAAAGAGACCAAUCGACUGGAGUCAACUGACAAGGCAACCAAAGAGUUGGAAGGUCCUUUAA